AUGCGCCCUCCGCGCAGGAUAGGAGAUAGGGAAGACAUUGUAACCUACUCGUCGUCGCAGGUGGCAGGGGGGGAGGUUAGGCGUAGGAUCCUGGAGCUGGCGGCGGGGGAGGUGAGGCGGAAAGUCCUGGGGCUGGGAUUCUGGGUACAGAGCUUCCGAUGCUUCCCAUGGGCGGGGGUAAAUUUCUACCUCAAGGAUGAGUUGAAGGUGGCGCCCUCCACACUGCAGAUGAUUCAUAGCUCGGCCAACGUUCCGAUGAUCGCGAAAGCCCUCUACGGUUUCCUCUCCGACAAUGUCAACCUCUGCGGCCAGCACCGGCUCCCCUACAUAGCCAUCGGAGGUACUUUCUCCCCCUCGCAUAGACACGCACACACGAAGAACUUGGCUUUUUUGCCCGUUUAACCGCAUCAUGAUCCAACGCUGAGUAUGCAUUUUUUCUGAAUUGCGUGCGUUCGCCCAAGGUUCUAUUCACACAGAUGAACAGGAACCCCUACCUGUGGCUAGAUUCCUAUUUUUGCGGAUCGAACCUUCCUAUUUUCGUCCUUUUUCUAGGUAUCGCUUGUAUCGAUUAACGUGAAAGUUCGACUGUGGUUUUUAUCACUCCUCACUUAUUUUAUACCCUUCUGCGGGAUAAUUUGAUUCGCUAAUUUGGCUCUAUAUUUAUUGAACCGUUAUGCCGGACGAUUACAAUCUCACGAAUCAGAGUCCCAAAGAGGAGACGCCUCAGAGAGACCGAGAUUGGGGUGAUUCAGAUGUUUCCUUUGCUCAAUCCUUCUGUUUCUCCUCCUCUGUAUCCUCUUCCUCCUCCACUCUAACGACUUCUGCUUACCCUCCGCCCUCUCCUUCUUCCCACCCUUCACCGUCAUGCCUUUUCUUUUUAGUCUCGCCCCUUAUUUCUCUCAUCUUCCUUCAUCUCCUCCUCCUUUCAACACUGGCUUCGGUUUCAGCUUCAUCCUAGAACUACGGAGAGACAUGGAGCCCAGGGAGGUCCCAACAGAUGGAACUCCACUCCUGUCUGGUGCUCAACAUUCUUGGAGACGGUAUCUUUAGUCAUAUAGAUCCAGGGCCUGCUAUUUGCCAUGGAACGUAAAUUAUAAGAUUUGGAAUUUAAUUCAGGUUUAAAGUCGUAUCAUGUGGGGUCGAUGAAGAAACUCUGAUGAAUUUUUUUUCGAUCUGUACGAUCUGUGAAGCAAAAAAUGAUAAUUUCAUAGAAGGAAACUAAAAUCAGACAUAAAAAGUCUCCUCACAUAUGGAUUAUGGAGAUUACUCUCCUCCAAUAGCAUCCACUAACAGAAUUUCUGAUUUUUGAUGCAGCAUUACUGCAAGCUCUGUCCUGGUUUACCAUUGCUAUGUUGCCGGGCUCGUUCAUCUCCAUCCCCAUCUUGACUUUCUUUCUCUUCAUUAGCAACCUCGGUGCCUCCAUUGCUGAGGUUGCCAACGAUGCCAUUGUUGCUGAGACAGGCAUGCAGUCCUUUGUGUGGAUGCUCAGCUCAUCGGCAGGGGCCCUGGGUAACCUUCUUGGUGGCAUAGCUGUAGACCAGCUCUCUCCUCGGGUCAUGUUCUUCAUCUUUGGGGUCAUCGUCGCAGUUCAGUUCUCUGCAAUCAUCAACAUUCCCGAGAGCUCCCUCAACCUGCAGAAGAAGAGGAGAAAGGCCCCCUCAUCAAAACCCCCGACCAUUGGCGGCCGGGCCGAGGAGCUGUUGGUGGUGCUCAGUAAUCCGGAGAUUCUCCAUUCCAUCAGCUGGUUUGCAUCCUCGUAUGCUCUCGUGCCGAUCUUGAUGGGUACCCUGUUCUAUUACCACACUCAGCAGCUGGGGCUCAGCCCCUCUAUCCUUGGCCUCACCAAGGUAUUUAGUCAUGUGGCCCUGCUGGCCUUGUCUAUGGUCUACAACAAGUGGCUUAAACAGGUGCCCACGAGGAAGCUGCUAUCAGUGCUGCAAAUUACAAUUACCCUCCUCAUGCUGUCCGAUGUCCUGUUUGUGAAGGGGUUUUAUAGAGGAAUGGGGCUGCCAGAUGGUGUAUAUGUGGUGUUCUUCUCCGGCUUGCAGGAAGCUCUCUGUCAGUUUAAGGUUCUGCCUUUCAGUAUCAUGGUGGCCAAGCUGUGCCCUCCCGGGUGCGAAGGCUCCGUCAUGGCCUUCCUCAUGUCUGCAACAGCCCUGGCGGGCAUCAUCAGCGGCUGCCUGGGCGUGACUCUUGCAGGGGUCUGCGGUGUGGCGGCAGGGGAUUUCUCAGGGUUGCCCAAGGCCAUUGUCGUGGAGGCCACCUGCUGUCUUCUUCCCCUGUUCUGGUCCUCUUGGAUUCCUGGCGAUCAGAGGCGCAACAUAAAGAGAGAAUGA